AUGCAAUUACAACCCUUCGAUAUAGAAGUGGUACAUAAGAAAGGCUCGAACAUCCCUAUAGGUGACGCUCUGUCGAGAAUUUAUGAACCGGAAACGUACCCGGAAAUGUUCGCGGAUAUGGAUGUCCAAGUACAUACCGUAAAAUCGCUCCCAAUAAGUGAAGACAGAGUAGCUAAAAUCCGUUCUGAAACUGAAACUAACGCACAGUUACAAGCUGUAAAUGGGUACAUCUUAGAAGGAUGGCCUAAUGAACGCAGCACGUGCAGUAAAGACGCGCAGGAUUAUUGGAACCAUAGGGACGAGUUAGCCGUUGAAGAUGGCAUAAUAGUUAGAGGUUCAAAAAUAGUGAUUCCGAAAUCAGAACAAUCGGAUAUGAUAAACGCAGUCCACAUGAAUCAUCCCGGUUGCCAGAAAUCGGUCGACCGUGCACGUGAUAUCCUCUUUUGGUCAGGCAUGACAAAACAAAUAAAAGAGCACGUGCUUGCAUGCCCAAUAUGCGUAAAAUAUCGUGCAGCCAAUAGCAAGGAACCGUUGUUGCCACACGAUAUUCCUGAGCUUCCAUGGCAAAAUGUCGAGUGCGAUUUGUUCACAUUUAACGACGAACAAUACAGGGUAGAUGCAUUCAGUCACCACAUCGAAAUUGACCAUUUACCGACGAUCUCAAGUAAAACCGUCAUUAGGAAGCUUAAAGUACACUUUAGCCGACUAGAUGCGCCCGUGGAAAUCAAAACAGACAACGCUAGACAAUUCACAUCGGACGAAUUUGCAAAGUUCGCCGCAGAGUGGAACUUUAAACAUGUAACUUCGAGCCCGACUAUGGCAAACUCAAACGGACUAGCAGAAUCGUCUGUUAAAAUCGCGAAACGAAUAUUAAGUAAAGCAAAAGCGGCAAAUACAGAUGUUUACCUAGCACUGCUCGAGUAUCGCAAUACAUCCCUCCAGAGUUGCAACCAUUCCCCGUCCCAACUACUAAACUCAAGACGCUUGCGAUCUGUCCUAACCAACACCAAAGAACAGCUCACCCCCAAUUAG